CACGUGUUACCAUAGCAACUCGUAGAAUGACCAAUGGAGAGUUACUCAGACAGGUGUCGAGUUAAAACUCUGUCGAAAAUGUCACAUUGAGCAUUUCAAUAUGGACCGGACGUUAUUUAGCUUCCUUUUAAUUUUGUAUCCGAGUUUGUCCGAAUGUUUUCUGAGUGGCAGCCAAAAUAGCGAAUGCCAUCAGUGGAAAGAAGAAUUCGCUCGAAACCAAGCUACGGUCACAUCCAAAGUGCCACCGGACGUCCUAGGAAAAUGGGUUUCUGAGAGCUGUGAAGUACGUCCAGGACCAGAUUUUCUCCUGAGACGUUAUCAGUUUUUCUCAAACAAAACAUUUGUCUUGCAUCAGUUCUAUUAUAUGGAUGAUUCUUGCACUUUACCAGCUUAUUCCAUCAUUGCAUGGGGUCAUUAUCAUCUCUCUAGAGCAUCCUGGAUCGUUCCCGGUGCGAUGGAAACCGAUUAUGUCACCACUCGGGUCAAUCUAAUCGCCUACAGUAGCGACGUGGCCGAAAGCUUGGCUCACAGGAUAAAUCGCUCCUGUCCGAAUCACAUUCGUUCGAAUUGGCGGCCGUACAAGAGAUACAGAAUAUAUAGUUACGUAGAAAACGGAAAUGGAAGUAGGAACGACGUUAUCGAAGAUUACGAUUGUUUAAGUUCUCUACACAUAACCUUUAACGAACUUCAAUUAAUGCGUGUAGAACAUAGAAAAGCUCUGCACCAUCGCCAUAAGCCCCAUCCUACUAGAAUCGAACUGUUUUUGGGUGACGUACACAAUGACGUGAACAAACGAAAUUUUUAUAGGCCAACUAGUUAUCAAGCACCGUUGCUUAAUUCAAAGAGUGUAGGAUGCCACGUAUGCCAUCUAGUCAGUAAAUCUCACGAAUUAUCCCCACCGCAACUUCCUGCACGUCCGAGAUUGCCUGUAUACCUGAAUGGAGAAUGGAUCAGUACCAGAUGCGAGAUACGUCCACUGGGAAUGUUCCUAACACGUCAGCUACAGUUCAACAGAGAUAACUGGAAGGGUAGUUAUCAGUAUUAUGCCGAUCCGAACUGUGCAACACCCACUUUUCUUCUGGAGGCCGAAGGCAAGUUUAUAGAGAUUCAACCAUCCAACAAAUUCGCGGGUGCCACCGAAUAUAACUUUAACGUUUAUAGGGGUUUUCUGACUCUUCAAAAAGAUUCUUUCGUGGCCGGUGUCAAUAGGCACAGUGGAAAUCUAUGCGGUCGAAGCGGUUCCUGGGAAGCUAACGUUACUCAGGAUGUGACAUCAACGGGAGGAUGCUUGAACCUCGGCAUACGAAUACCAAGUCUGGAGUAUAAUGUUGUUAGAAUAGACAUAGAUCAUCACGGCAAUUCACUGUUAUAUCUAGGGAAGUUGGACACCGAUUUCAGGCCCACUAGUCCAUCGAGGCGCCCCACAUCGUACCAGCUUCCUCUGGUACAAUGUCGGCAUAUUUCGGAUAACCAUCUCAAUCCAAUACCACACGCACUUUACUUGUCAUCGAGUUGUCAGUCGAGCUCCACUAUAAACAUUGUGAUACUCUUCGUGUUCUGGAUAUUAAGAGAAUAAGAGGGAAAAAAGUUUUGUGCGUGAUGUUCGGUUAUUUUUAUGGGUAGAGUAAAUUUUUAGAUUGAUGUUUGUAAAAACUAUUGUGGGUUUUAAUAAGAUGGAACAAUAAUAUGAAUUUUGUACUGUAUAUUGUUUGCUAUAAAAAAAAAUUCGCAGAUUUAGAUGUACAAAAUUGAAGUGUAUCUGCGGAUAAGGCUGUCGUUAUUGUUAAUUUAAUGAAUGUGAAGUCUGUUGUAAUAUAAAUGAUGUAAAUAAACAUCUUAAUGUUUUUCUUGUAAACAUUUUUCAUUGCAGAAAUUCUCUUAAAAUCAUCGAUUUUUAGAAACUUCUGUCAAAUUUCUGUAGUAUUUUUCGAAUGAAUGGUACAGUACAUUAUUUUGUACAUUAAAACUAAUUUUUCUUUAAAAACAAUAUAAAAAAAUAAAAGCUUCAAAAUUUAAAAUUAUUUUAAAAAUCUUAUGCUUAUGACUUCUA